AUGAGCGUUCCAAACUCUAUAAGACGAUGUACAUUCAUUUCAAAGGCCACUUCGACCAACCCUCCUUUCCUUGUCAGUCUUGCGCACCUUAGCACAUACUCUGUUUUCCUUUUUGGAAAUUUCCAAGUUUUCGUAUCAACUAACUAUCGAACUUCUUUUGUAAAUAACAUUUUUAGUAGUUUGCUUCCUGCCAAGAUAUCAUCUUUAUGCGUUCUCUUAUCAUUAAUUGAUGAAGAUGAAGAAGAGGACGAUGACGAGCAAGGUGCUGAGGAGAUGAAAGGAUUCAUUGCUGAUGAAGAGGAAGAAGAGGAGGAUGCUGAUGACGACAAAUCAGAAAAGUCAGAAAAACUUGAAGAUGAAGAGGACGAGCUGGAUGACGAUGAUAUAGAUUUGAUACAAGAAAAUCUGGGGAACAGAAAAGAGAAAAAGCAGCGAAUUAUACAACCAGAAGAUUCUGAUGAAGAUGUUGAUGAUCGAACAGCUAUUCAGAAGAAGCUGUUUGGCGAGGGAGAUGAUGGAGAAGGCCCUUCAAGCCCACGAAGAGGAGAUCUAAGCGGCGAAGAUUCUGAUAGGGAACGGUAUUCAGAUUCGGAGCAAAGCGAGGAUAACUUCAUUGUCAAUGAAGAUGGCGGCCGACAUGGCCAUCGGCAUCACAGGCGAAGGGACGGAAAUAUGCCUGAAGGUGCCUUGGAUGAAGCUCGCGAUGUAUUUGGUGUUGAGGACUUCAAUUUUGAUGAAUUUUACGAUGAAGAUGAAGAGCCGAUCGAAGAGGAUGAUGAAGACCAAGAAGAUCUCAUGGAUGAUGAGGGAGAAGGCGAAGGAAGGAUACGACGAGUGCGGGCGAAAGAGAAAACUAGCACUCUUCUGGAUACUAUGGAACCAUCGGAACUAGAACGAGGGUUCAUGGCCCCAGCUGACAAGAAGAUCCAACUUGAGGAUAAACCUGAAAGGUGGUCAAAUGCAUGCUCAUUCCAACUGCGGAAAUCUCCAGUCACUGAAGCUGAUGAUAUGGAGUUAGAGCAGGAGUCAAAAUGGAUCUACUACCAUGCUUUCUGCUCAACGUCCAUCUCAACUCAAAAGUCAAAUCUUUUGGCGUAUGUGGCCGACUAUCGAGGAAACGAUAGGUCGCAAUGUGAGGAUGAAGCGAGAGAGACCAUAAAAGAAGCUUUGAAGUUUAUGCGGAAUCAAUUGUUUGAGGUCCCGUUCAUUGCUUUUUAUCGAAAAGAAUUGGUGAGCACUGUGCUUCCAAUUAAUGACCUUUGGAAAGUAUACGAAUGGGACGAGAAAUGGUGCCAUUUACAGCAUAGAAAAAAGAAGCUAGUCGAAUUGAUGAAACGAAUGCAGUAUUAUCAGACUGAAUCAAUGCAAAAUUUUCGUCGUACCAUCUCAGAUGUCGACAUAAUCGAAGUACAGAAUGCUGAUUCCAUAGAUGCUGUAAGCGAUCUAUCAGCGCAGUUCCAUUUGUAUUAUGGAGCAGAAGUGAACCGAAUGCUGGACUGGGAGGCUGCGCAGAAGGACAUCGAUGAAGGAGGCGAUGGUACCAAUGUUCAUGGCUCGAGAUUCAGACAAAGCACAAGGAAUGAUAGCUAUCAGUUGUGCGUUGAUAACGGCAUUGGAGGCAUGGUGUCACGUUUUGGAAUUACUGCUCGACAGCUUGCGGAAAACUUGGACUGGAAAAAGCAUGACGUAGAACAGGAUCCAGUCGCCCCAAAAGUUGCCGCUGCUGACUACACCAACUCUUCCUUCCCAACUCCUGAAGCUGUGAUUGCUGGUGCUAUCUAUAUGAUGGCCAGAGAGCUCAGUCGCGAACCUGCGGUCAGUGUCAAAUCACCCUUCCUCACUCUUGCUCGUGAGAGAAUACGUCAAACGUAUCGAGAGCACGCAAAGCUAUAUGUGCGACCAACGCAGAAAGGACGUGAACAUCUGGAUGAAACUAGCCCUGUGUGGAAGAACAGGUACAUCAAAGGAAAACCUGUUUCUUUGCUUGAAGAAGAGGAGUUCUUAUACCUUCAUCAAGCUAAGAAAGCUGAACAUCUUGACGUGAAGUUUGUGUUUGAGAAGCACACUCCCAACGACGAGGUAGUGCGAGUUUUAUCAGAUGCUGUUCUCACUGAGCAACCCUAUCGGGUGGACGAAUACUCUGAAAUAGUAGAAGAGUGGAACUCCAUCCGCGAGAAAGCUACAAGAAUGGCUAUCGAUGAAAUGCUCCUCCCGUACUUGGAAGGCGAAAUGGAGCAAAAGCUCAUAGACGAAGCUAAAAAUAGUGUGCUAUAUGUGGGUUUGAAGAUUAUCAGUAUGCCUCUGUCUGCAACUAUAAAAUGUGGCAGAGCUAUGUACGCCCGGUUAGAGCCAGCAGCUUUCCAUCCAUCUGAAGAGCAAAUGGAAGAUGAGGACGAAGAUUUUAGUCGACAAGUUGGUGGUUUUCCUGGAGAAGUACGGGUUAUGGGAAUUGCCUACCCAACCGACAUGGAUGAGGCUUCUUUUGGUGUGUUAGUGGAUCAAGAUGGUGCUGUCAUAGACUACUGCAGAAUGGUACACUUCACCAAGCGAGGAGGAUUCGGUCCUCAAGCGCAGUUAAAGUCCGAGUCUAUGGCCUUUUUCAAAAAAUUCGUGGAGCGUCGACGUCCUCAUGUGAUAGCUCUGUGCGGAGAAAACCUUGAUGCCAUCCGUCUCCGCAGAGACAUAGAAGAAUGUCUGAAUAGUAUGGUAGCCGAGAGUGAGCUCACUAGAGCGCCUCCCGUAUAUAUCAUGGACAAUGAAGCAGCAAAAGUGUACAUGCUGUCGAAAAGUGCCAUGACUGAACAUUCCGGUUAUCCACCAACACUCCUCCAAGCCAUUUCGCUAGCGCGGCUCAUGCUGGACCCAUUAUGGGAGUACGCACAUCUGUGGAAUGCUGAUGAAGAUAUCUUCUGCCUCGGCUUCCAUCCUCUGCAAAGUGAAAUAAGCAAGGAAGAACUGAGUAAUGUGCUUGCUCGAGAACUCAUUAAUCGGGUCAAUGAAGUGGGAGUCGAUGUAAAUCGGUGUCUGGAACAUCCACAUACUGCGAAUAUCCUCCAGUUUGUUUGUGGACUUGGACCACGCAAAGCGACUCAUCUUCUGAAAAUGCUCAAGCAGCAUGAUCAUCUGCUGGAAAGUCGUACAAAACUUGUGACGCUUUGUCGCAUGGGACCAAAAGUUUUCAUGAACUGCGCGGGAUUCAUCAAGAUUGAUACAACUAGGGUUGCUGAGAAAACAGACGCAUAUGUGGAAGUGUUAGAUGGAUCUCGUGUACAUCCUGAGACUUACGAGUGGGCAAGAAAGAUGGCUGUUGACGCACUGGAGGUGGAUGAUUCAGCAGAUCCUACCACCGCUUUAGAAGAGAUUUUGCAAGCCCCAGAUCGUCUGAAGGAUCUUGACCUUGAUGCAUUCGCUGAGGAAUUGAAGAGACAGGGCUUCGGUGAGAAGAAAGCCACCCUCUACGAUAUAUCAGCCGAGUUGAAUCAUAGGUAUAAGGACCAGCGCAGGCCAUUCAUACCACUAAGCGAUCAGGUUUGUGGCUUUGACAUGCUCUGUUAUGACAUGCGUUUUCUUAUAAUCGAGUUGUUCACACUUCUAACAAAAGAAUCGAAAGCAACAUUGGAGGAAGAGAAAAGAGUAUGCGGUGUUGUUACAGGAGUUCAGUUCAAGAAGAUUCCGGAAGAGCAAAGACAAUCAUAUAUUUCUGGUCAUGAACAUAUGCAACGCAUCCAAGAGUCUGAAUAUUGGGAAUGCUCUUUCUGCAGAAUGCCAAUCAUCUCAAAUAGACUUUACGAACAUCUGCAGAUUAGAGAUGCGCGAAAAGGCGGGUGUCCCGGUAUUCCUGUUGGCAUUCGUGUUAAGCUCGAUAAUGGUAUCAGCGGUUUCAUUCCGAACAAAAUGAUAUCCGACAGACCUGAAUCUUUCAAGAAUCCUUUGGAACGAGUAAAGAUGAACCAGCCAAUAUAUUGCCGCAUCAUCAAAAUUGAGCCAGAAAAGUUUUCUUGUCUUUUGUCAUGCCGAUCUUCCGAUCUCAAUAAGGAGCCUGCUACUGAGCAUGAUAAGUUCUGGGACUAUGAAGCUGAGAAAGAAGAUUUGGAGAAGGAUCGUACGACAAAGAUACAUAAGGCUGAAGCCAACUUCACCCAUCGGCAGAUCGUGCACCCGCAGUUUCACAAUGUCAGUUACCGCGAAGCACAAAGGAUGUUGGGCAGCAAAGAUACGCUCCUUGAAAGAGGAGUUUUUGUGCGAUAUAUCACGUUGCUCACCUUUCUGUCAUUUACAAAGGGAAAAGCUCAACGCUAGCU